AUGAAGCAGGAAUACCAGGAGAAGAAGAAUCAAAUUCACUGUAAGCUUAAUCGGUCUUGUUCCCUUCUAGACUUGAAGCCAAACUUCAGCGGCCCUCCUCCUGCUGGACCCGACCCUUAUCUCCAGGGUAACAUCAGGUUGACUCUGGAGGACCCUGACCUCUGGAAGACCUUCCAUGGAAUAGGAACAGAGAUGAUAAUCACCAAACCGGGCAGGAGGAUGUUCCCACACUGUAAAGUGAAUCUCUCCGGCCUCAUCCCAUGUGCAAAGUAUAUCUUACUGGUGGACAUGGUGCCUGAGGAUGGCUUCAGGUACAAGUGGAAUAAAGAGAAAUGGGAGGUGGCAGGGAAAGCGGAGCCACAGCCUCCCUGUAGGACCUACCUCCACCCGGACUCUCCGGCCCCGGGGAGCCACUGGAUGAAGCAGUCGGUGUCCUUCCUCAAGCUGAAGCUCACCAACAACACACUGGACCAGCAUGGACAUAUUAUUUUGCACUCCAUGCAUCGCUACCACCCGCGCUUCCACCUCGUCCAGGCAGACGACCUGUUCAGCGUCCGCUGGAGUGUUUUUCAGACCUUCUCCUUCCCAGAGACUUCUUUCACAGCAGUCACAGCCUACCAGAACACCAAGAUCACAAAACUGAAGAUCGACCACAACCCGUUCGCAAAAGGUUUCAGGGAGGAAGGCACAAACAAGAAAAGACGUGCAAACAAGAACCCCGCCUCCCUCGAGAAACGAGCCAAGAUGUCUGACACUCUGAACCAGGACUCAGAGGAGGACAGUCCACCAGAUUUCUGCCGUUCAUCGUAUGAGGGUUAUGACGCAGAAGAAGGCGACCUCCCCAAAAGGAAAGAGGGUGACGCGGUCAAAGAGGAGCGUUACUCGCCCUGGGCUGCAGAGAGGGAGCACAGUGUGAGGACAGAGUCUCCUGCUGGAGCCGACCACAGAGACAUGUACAACACGGAGCAGCUGGUUCCUGCUCCUGCUUCCUACCAGCCGUACAGGUUCCACGAGUACGGAAAGUCUCCCUCUCCGUCCUCGAGUGUGGGCAGCAGCAGUAGCGGAUCAGUACGCAGCAGCUUUGAGUCCAGAGUUCCUGAUGUCGCCACCGUUCCCGACCACGACUCCUCAAAGCCGCGCACGCAGGAGGUUGGCCCUUCAUCUUGUGGCCCCCAGCACCUCCCGGCCCCCCAGGACUACACGGGGGUUCUCAACAUGAGCAUGACCCCGACAAAUAAACCUGGAGUGAUCAGCCACCACAUCUACAGCCCGUACGGAGCUGAGCAGUCGCUGGGCCAGUGGAAUGGCCCCGGACCCGCCCAGUACCCCCCACCUCACCACCUGACCGCCGAAUACCCCACACAGGCUGUGCAUCAUGGCUAUCACCAUGGCAACGUGGCUGAGUGGAGCCAGUACCCACUGUUCUCGUAUUCCUGCUGGUGAACAGAUGAACUGAUGAAGGGGACUGAAGCGAUGCUGCUGCAGCCAAGCGCUCACAGCUCAGAGAAUGCAUGUCCAGAAAAACAAGAGGUCGGCAAGAAGAGCAAAACAAACUGAGAAAUGAAAUCGAAGGAGCUGCCUGUUGCUGACCAGCAGGACUCAAACUCCACUUAAGCUAAAUGAAACUAAAGUGUGCUGCUCCAUAUCAACUGUUUUUUUUUUUUUUGUUGGGUUGUGUAUUUAUUUCGUGUUUCAUCUCAUCUGCAAGUGUAAAUAUUAUUUUUAUAAAGAAGAGAAUUAAACAUAAGUGUGCAAUUUAAAGUUUGUCUUCAAAAUGUGAUGUGAUCAGAAAAUAAAAACCUUAAGAGCAAUCUUAAUUGACAUUAUGUCUGAUUUGGGUAUGUACUUUUUUUGCUGUCUUUAUAACAUACUAUGUUUAUGUAGCCUAUAACU